GAUGAAAUCAAUAAAUGCACAGUCAUAGCGCACUGUGCUCAAUAGAAAACGCGAUCAAUCAGAAGUGUACAGGCAGCAUAGAGCACUGCAUAAAUCCAAUGCAUUCAAAAUGGUGUACUCUUCCAUCCUCUACAGCUUCCUGGACUUGCGGACGGUUCUCGUAGCUGUCACGGUCUUCCUCGUUCUCUCGUGGUGGCUCCGGAGGCCCCGUAACCUUCCCCCCGGACCCUGGGGAUGGCCGCUCAUUGGCAGCCUGCCCACCAUGGCCCUGGCGCCUGGAGAACCCCAUGAAGUCUUCCUACGGAUGUCCAAGAGGUAUGGUCCGAUCUUCACGCUGGACAUCCUGGGCCAGAGACUUGUCUUGGUGCACGGGUAUGAGGCGAUUCGGGAGGCGUUCCAACACCCGAGUCUGAGCGACAGGCCCGAGCUACACUCAGUCAAGGAAAUGUUGAAUGGCUCCGAAGGAGUUGCCGCUGCGUCUGGUGAAAUCUGGAAGGAGCAGCGCAAACUCUCCCUGAACGUCUUCAAGGACUUCGGCGUGGGCAAGUCCAGCUUCGAAGACCAGAUCGCCACCGAGGCCGGCCACCUGAUGCAGGAGAUCCACAAGUUUGGAGGGAAGGCCUUCAACCCAGGUACACUCUUCAUGACGGCCGUGUCUGACAUCAUCGCUGUUGUCGUCUUUGGGAAGCGGUUCGAGUACGACGAUCCAGAGUUUCAGCGUGUUUUGGCCUCCAUCCGCCGCAACUUGGACCUCAUCGGCGCUGGGGCUGCCAUGCAGUUUCUCCCCGUCACCAAGUACCUUGGCUUCCUCCCGAGCAUGAGAGAGAUGCGACAGAACAUCAUCCUGGUCGUCAACUUCACCAAAGAGAUCAUUAAGAGGCACUUGGAGGAGUUCGAUCCCGACGACAAGCGAGACUUCAUGGACAUGUACAUCGGCGAGAUGAAGGAGAAGGAGAGACAGAACGUGGACACGAUCCUGAGUCUUGACAACCUAGUCAGUGUCAUCAAUGAUCUCUUCGUAGCCGGAACUGACACCACUGCCACCACCCUCCGAUGGGGGCUGCUGUACAUGGUCCUGAAUCCGGACAUCCAGCAGCGGGUCCAGCAAGAGAUCGAUGCGGUCGUAGGCCGCAAUCGCCUGCCGAGGAUGUCCCACCGCUCGGAGCUGCCGUACACAGAAGCCGUAAUCCUAGAGAUGCAGCGUAUCGGCAACAUCGUCCCCCUCGGUGUCCCGCACAGAGCUUCUGAAGAUACCUCUUUAAUGGGGUACACCAUCCCGAAGGACACCUUCGUCAUUGCCAAUCACUGGGCACUCAAUCUCGACCCGAAGCUCUUCCCCGAGCCGCACAGGUUCAACCCGGAGAGGUUCCUGAAUUCUGCUGGGGAGGUAGUUAAACCAGAGGAACUGAUUCCAUUCAGCACUGGGCGCCGUGUGUGUCUGGGGGAGCAACUCGCCAAGAUGGAGCUGUUUAUCUUCUUCACCUACCUGCUGCACCAGUUCACCUUCAAGAAGCCCGAAGGAUCACCACCACUCAGUCUCAAGGGUAUCCUAGGAAUCACCUUGGCGCCUGCACCUUAUGAGGUGUGCGCCGUUCCUCGUUAAGUUAUAUCUGUCAAAUUAAAACGAUCAAUAUUGUGCUGAUGAAGACGGAACGUUUAAGUUUGUUUGCUACUGGAAUUCAUAUUAAACUUUGCUUUUUAAAAUAGUUCAAUGACAUAAUAAACUUUUUAUGACAAAAAUAUGCAUAAACUGAAGGCAAAUAAUGUCUUCAAGCUGAGCAAAAAAGGCGAGAAUUUAUGAAAACACAGGAUUUCAUCAAAGUAAAAAAAACAUAACUUGGCUAUAGCUUGUAAAAUGCAGAUUAUUGGUUUGUGAAAAAAACUGUUUGAGAACACUGCAUUACAAGUUACAAAUUGACGCCUAAAUUAAUGUUAGAAAUUAUUGAUCUUACUGUUGAUCAAUCGAUGAUGUGCAUUUUCUUUUGUAGGCUAAGCGACAAAAAUAAAUCCUCCCGAGCUUACGAAGUCUGUCUUUUGGUACCAAGACGUCCAUACGAAACGACAACGUGCAAUCGCCAAGAUUUGCACGCAUUAGAUGAGGAGAUGAUUUUAUCAUGAAUGAAACUUGGCGCCAUUUUGACCAUGAGUCCAUUUUGACGCUAGAAAAAUUUAUUUCAAUUCUUCAUUAUUUCUAUAAAAUGAUGUCAAGAUUUCGAAUGUUUGUUCUUCGGUGGCUGUGACUGUUAUAACAUUCUGUUAGCUAUCAUGUACAAUCAACGUUCGAUUGCAAAAUGUCCACACUAAAAACUAAAAAAGAAUUUAAUACGGUUUUUCAAGUAAGACAUCGUAUAAGCAAUAAUUGCAAUCAGUAUCAUGAACGGAAAUAAAUUAUUUGUGGAAAGAA